CAAACCCGUGCAUGGCGUACUAUGGAAAGUGGAAGUGAUUUCCCUAGCUUUCUAUCAAGCGUAUUUGGUGAACUGCAACACAUAAGUCACAUGACGUUACGACUUCUCACGAUAACUGGAGAGUCUAAAUAGGGCCGCCCCAACUGUCGUCAGUCAGUGUAAUACAUGUAUUUCAUUAGUCGGCUAGCCGACUGUGUGGGACUACUAAGUUGGGAUCAAUUUUUUGCUGCAAUGGUAGAAUUUCAGGGAACAAGUCAUCAGAAUGUGGUGAAGAGGGUGGGCCACCUCCCUGUGUUGAGCUCCACAUAUGGCCUGGUGUCCAGCGUGUACUCCAUCACCAAAGGCAUUCACCCUUACAUAGGGUCUGUGUGCGAGGCGGCCGAAGUGGGCGUUUGGAGCGUCACCUCGGUGGCCCUCGAAACAGCCUCGCCCAUCAUCUGCAAGCUGGAACCUCAAAUUGCCAUGGCCAAUGACCUGGCCUGCAAAGGUCUGGACAAGAUUGAGCAAUCCCUGCCUCUUCUUCAGCGUCCCUUUGAGCAGGUCACCCGCUUUAUGAGCACAAAGUCCAUUCUGAUCAAUCUGUGACCUCUGUCCUCAUUUCCAAACUCUUUUGACAGCAUCUGUAUGGCCAGAUUGUCUCCAACGCCAAGGGAGUGGUGACCGGCGCCAAGGAUGCGGUCUCGGGCAUACUAACCGGCGUGGUGGAAGCAGUUCAGUACAGGAUAGAGAGGACCGGGGCUGCUGUGACUGA